AUUCUACAGAACUAGGCAACAAUUAUGUUUGGUUACCCAGCUGCAUCCUUCUGGCAUUCACCUGGUGUCCACUGCUCUCUUGAAGGAACAGGGUCGUACCUGUAAAAGGUCCCCAGACUUGAAUCAACAAUUAGAGAGACUUUCAAGAGAGUUGUAGCACACCAAGAUGUCUCAAGAAGGCCAGUCUUUGCACAAGAUGAUGCCAGUGUUCAAUGAACUCCGGCUGGACGGGGAGUUAACCGAUGCAGUCAUUCAAGUCCAGGAUGUGGAAUUUAAAGUCCACAAGAACUGCCUCAGCUGUAUCCCGUACUUCCGAUCCCUCUUCACACAGUGGUCUCCUCCAGAGGAGAGGGUUUACGAACUGCCCUUCACGUCGGCUGAAACAAUGAAGAUGAUCAUUGACCACGUUUACACUGGGUCCCUUGCCCUCACAGACAACAAUGUAAUAGACCUUUUGGAAGUGGCUGCCUACCUCACCUACGAGGAGCUCCUUGAAGCUUGCAGCGACUAUCUCAUCACGCGACUGUCCCCGCACAGCUGCAUCAACACCUGGAAGCUCACAUCCAAGUACUACCUUCCUAAGCUGUGCUCUGCGGCCUGUUCCUACGUCCUUGACCACUUUGAGGAGGUUGCUCUCUCUGGCAGUUUCCUGGAGCUGUCCAUGCCAGAAGUCGAAGACAUCAUCAGCAGCGACAACCUGAUGGUGAGACAGGAGAGCGCCGUGUUUGAGUCCGUCAUCAGAUGGGUAUCCCACUCGCCGGCGGAACGUCGGAGAGACACUCAUGUCCUUUUGUCUAAGGUCAGACUGGCCACAAUGGAUUUAGAGCACUUGAAUGCUGUGAUGAGAAAUGAGCUGGUGCGUCAAGACGGAGCCUGCACGUCCAUCGUUUCACGUGCAACUAGUCUUCAACUACGUAUCCUCACGACUGAGUGUGGUCUCACUGGAAUCAACGACCCCCUCAGCCGUCCUCGUCUGCCACCCGCCAUCCUCCUGGCCACUGGAGGCUGGAGCGGUGGUGAUCCAACCAACGCCAUAGAAGCCUAUGAUGUCAGGGCUGAACGCUGGACCACCGUGGAAAACACCAUGGAGCGCCCUCGUGCCUACCACGGCUCCGUUUUCUUAGGUGGAUUUGUUUACUGCGUCGGUGGCUUUGACAGAGUGGAGUACUUCAACAGCGUCCGCAGGUUCAACCCCAUCACCCACACCUGGAUGGCGGUUUCACCAAUGUACUACCGCCGGUGCUACGUGAGCGUCAGCGCUCUGAACGGGCUCAUCUAUGCAAUGGGAGGCUUUAAUGGACAAACAAGACAUGAUACAGCUGAGUACUACUGUCCGGAAACCAACCAGUGGCACCUCAUUGCAUCCAUGCAUGAGCGA